UAUAUUUUCAGGUCUGUAGACUUCGCCCCUACCCAGAAUGGCUCAAUCUCAAUACCCGAACGAAACCCUUGUAAACCCAAACACUCCGGCACAACUUUCGGCUGCUUCGGUUCCGGCGACCUCUUCUACCACGGCGUCGCCUCCAGGGGCAGCUGCAGCUGCAGCCUCGGCUAUGCCAUCAGUGAUCGAAGAUCCGCCUCGGUCGAACACGUUGAAGCGUCCUCGAGAAGAUGACAGUGAGGCGGAAGCCGCCGGUACAUCCGUUGAUGCUCCGGCACUGAAACGGCGGGUCAAGGUCACUCAGGACGUCCUUUACCGUAUAGUGGUGCCGUCGAGGCAGAUUGGGAAGGUUAUUGGUAGAGUUGGGCAUCGAAUUCAGAAGAUUCGUGAAGAUACCAAAGCAAAUAUUAAAAUAGCGGACGCUAUAGCUCGGCAUGAAGAAAGAGUAAUCAUCAUAAGUUCAAAAGACAGUGACAACAUAUUUUGUGAUGCUGAGAUGGCCCUUCAUCAUAUUGUCAAUUUGAUCCUUAAGGAUGAUGAUGUUAAUGUUGAGCCACAGAAAGUAGCAGCUGGGCAUGUUGCUGCUAAUACAAUUAGGCUCUUAAUUGCUGGUACGCAAGCUGGUGGUUUGAUUGGACUGAAUGGUCAAAAUAUUGAGAAACUAAGGAACUCCUCUGGAGCUUCUAUUACGGUUCUUGCUCAAAGUCAGUUACCUUUAUGUGCAUCUGCUCAUGAGUCUGAUCGAGUGGUGCAGGUUUCUGGAGACAUUGAUACAGUCCUGAAGGCUGUUGUGGAGAUUGGAUGUCAACUGAGGGAUAAUCCACCUAAACAAGUAAUUUCCAUCAAUCCAUCCUAUACUCCCGGCUUCAAUCGCCAACCUCAUCAAUACGUUGAUCCAGCUUCAGCUGAAUAUGUAAAUCUGGAGAUUAUGGUUCCUGAAUCAAUGGUUGGAGGCUUAAUUGGACGGUGUGGUUCCAACAUUUCAAGAAUCAGAACUGAGUCAGGAGCAACUAUUAAGGUUUAUGGUGCAAAGGGUGAACAAACUCAAAGGCAAAUUCAUUUGGGUGGUAGUGCUCAACAGGUUAGCCUAGCAAAGCAGAGAAUUGAUGAAUAUGUUUAUUCCCAGUUGAUGCUACAAUCCGGUGUACAGCCAUCAAUACCUGCUGUGUCCAACACAUUGUUCCAAGCAAAUAGUUAUCUCCAAGCAAAUACUUUAUUGCAAGGUUAUGGACACAAUAGUGGACUUUAUAUAAGCAGUAAUCCUGGAACGGCUAUGAUGCCAUCUCACGCUCCAGUAUAUCCAUCAACCACUGCAGACCAGGCGGCUGCUUACUAUGGACAGUCAUUCCAGGCACCGCCAAUAUAAGUUCAAAGUGGCGGCGGCGUUAAGUUAGGGACGAGAUAACCAGUGUACAAACUUGUGGACUAUUGUAGUGUGAACUUAUUCGUUAUACUGUAAUUUUGUAAUCUUGUGGUUUGUCUCAAAAGACACGCUUAUUAGUGUUUUUUUUUUUUUAUCUUUUUGAUUAUUUUCUGCCCAACCCAGAGUUGUCCUUUGGAGAUAAUAAAAGUUUCUAGUGAAUUUUAAAGGUGCAUUUUUGUAGUGCCUUCUCA